GUACUCGCGCUGUGCCGGUGUCUGUGUCGGAAGCGGUGUUUCUACCUCGCCAAUCCGCUUUCACUCUUUCUCUCUGUUUCCUGUGUCCGCUGGCAGAGCAAACACACUUUCUUUUUCUGCGGAGAGAAGAGGAUUUUACCCGAGCUGUUCGAGACCCAGAUUGAAAAAUGAAGAGACAAGACACAGAGGAUCAAGUUGUGGAAAGCAGUGGAGGGUCUCCUGGCAGCGCUGAUGGCACAGGAGAGAGUACAGUUAGUCCUGAAGGAACCGACAGUCCAAAAGAGCCCAGCACUCAGACUGACAGCUCUCCAACUAUUAGCUCCAGAACUGAUGAAGGCCUGGCUGAAGCUGGAGCAAUUCCUACUUCCUGUGACGUGGCUGAGGAGCUGAGCAGAAAGCUGGAGGAUAUCCUUAGCACAUAUUGUCAGGAAGAUGGUGGUGAGGACCCAGCUGUGCCUAAUGGCCAACCUGAUGGCGUGGAGGUCAAUGGGCUGACUGAACGAGAAGAUGGCAAGUCAGAAGAUACCAAACUGAACGGCGGUGGCAACACAGAGAAGGAUCAGAAGAAGCUGCAGGAGAAAAAGAAGGUUAAAGGACUGGGUAAGGAGAUAACACUGCUUAUGCAGACUCUGAACACACUGAGCACUCCAGAUGAAAAACUUGCUGGUCUGUGCAAGAAGUAUGCUGAGCUGCUAGAAGAGCACCGCAACUCCCAGAAGCAGAUGAGGGCUUUACAGAAGAAACAGACCCAGCUGAUUCAGGAGAAGGACCACCUGAGGAAUGAGCACAGCAAGGCCAUUUUGGCUCGCAGUAAGCUGGAGAGCCUGUGCCGCGAACUGCAGAGGCAUAAUCGCACACUAAAGGAGGAUGGGGUGCAGCGUGCUCGGCAAGAGGAAGAGAAGAGGAAAGAGGUCACCUCCCACUUUCAGAUCACACUAAAUGACAUCCAGGCACAGAUGGAGCAGCACAAUGAACGCAAUGCCAAUUUGCGGCAGGAGAAUAUGGAGCUGGCUGAGAAGCUGAAGAAACUCAUUGAGCAGUAUGAGCUGAGGGAGGAGCACAUAGACAAGGUCUUCAAGCACAAAGAUCUACAACAGCAACUGGUAGAUGCCAAGCUCCACCAGGCUCAGGCUCUGCUCAAGGACUCGGAGGACCGCCACCAGAAAGAAAAGGAGUUUCUGCUGAAAGAGGCUGUAGAGUCACAGAGAAUGUAUGAACUCAUGAAGCAGCAAGAAGUUCACCUCAAACAACAGUUAUCGUUAUACACAGAGAAGUUUGAGGAGUUUCAGAACACGCUGUCCAAAAGCAAUGAGGUGUUCACAACAUUCAAGCAAGAGAUGGAGAAGAUGACAAAGAAGAUAAAGAAGCUGGAGAAGGAGACCACAAUGUACAGGUCACGAUGGGAGAGCAGUAACAAAGCACUGUUAGAGAUGGCUGAGGAGAAAACACUUCGAGAUAAGGAAUUAGAGAGCUUGCAAGUGAAGGUGCAGAGGCUGGAGAAGCUUUGCCGUGCCCUUCAGAUUGAACGCAACGAACUGAGUAAGAAAGUUCAAGGCCUCAGCAAACCAGAAGAUGAUCAAGGCCUAGAUUCAGGAGUAGCAACAGAAGCUGACUCACAACAGCCAGGCAUGGACUCAGAAGAGGGAAGCCCCGCCCACCGGAACAGCCCUGAACCAGAGACUCCACCUACCACCUGUACUCAGGCAUGUCAUUGUGGUUCAGAGGUAGAGGCCGAGGCACAGAGAGAGGUGUUCUCAACCCAGGAUUGAGGUGUUCUGUUUAGGCUAAACACUCCUCACAAUCUCCCCACCUCUGCCAGUGCCCACCAGCUAUCAGUCUCUGAGGUUGGUCCUGUGUGUCUGCCUUUGCGGCAUUGUUGUUGUCCAUUCUGUCAGGGAAGAUUGUGCCUUCAAGAUGGCUCUUAUGCUGCAUUUUUACUUUGUAUUUUCUCCUUUUGGCUUUCUUUGUUACUCUUUCAUCACUCUGAAAAUUCCUCUCUGUGGAAAUCUCUCACUCUAACACGCUAAAAAGGGGCAUGGAACAUUGCUUCAGCUGCUGCUUAAACUUGAUGGAGUAUUAUUGUCCACCUCUCACUUAAAUUUACAAACGUUAGCCUCGAUCUUCUUUUUUUGGCUGACAAACCUUUAAGAAUCUAGAUGGAUGGCAGGAUGUGCUGCUUGAGAGCAUCGCCUUAUUUUCUUACAAACCGAACAGCCGUCAUUGUGUGGCAGUAGCUGUACCUGUUGUUGUUCUUAAAUCUGUGUUUAGUAUCAGAAUGUGUCCAUACAAUCGCUCCCAGCUUUUUCAUUCUUUUCCUCAUUUAUUUGUUUUGUUUACCUAUUUAUUUUCCAGUUCGAUUUCACAAUUUAAGGGCCUAAAUACACUAGUGUAAUUUCUCCAUGCCAUGAUUUAAUGUUGGCAGAGAUGCAGGUUGAUGUUGGAAUAUUAUAAGUGUUGGCAAAUAAUUGCUUAUAAUGAAAAAAAAAACAGAUCAGCAUCAAAUUGAUGUAUUUGGUAGUGUGUUUAUUGAACUUCAGAAAAGUAGAAUGUUUAGAUGACCGAGAACUACAGCACUAAAGUGUCUAACAUAUAUUUACUAUUUUAUUAUUUUUACUAUGUUUGUAACUAGGGGUGGGUGAUAUAGAAAAAAGAUUAUGGUAUUUAAAGACAUUUUCACAAAAUAGUUUUGAUAUGCAGACAAAAUGCAUUACAAAUUGACAAAUUCUUAAAAGCUGACUCAAAUACUCUCAUAUAGUGGUGCACAGGGAUUCAUAGUUAAAAUGUGAUUCACUCCGUCCAAUUAAAAGAGUAAAAAAAAAAAGUCAGUGACCACAUUGUGUCACAAUAUUAUAAAAUAUUGUCUUAUUGCCCAUCCCUAUUUGUAAUUCUACAGAAAUAAAUAUUAUAUUUUUCUCUAAUACUACUCCAGAUGGUUUCAGCAUUUUAUAAAUUCUGUAUCAGCAGAACCGAGAUGACCCUUAUUCCUCAAUCACUAGAGUUUGAUAGUAAACGCUUACAAAUAAAGGUGCUACAGAAGGUUCUUUAAGUGAUUGGCAUGGAAGAAUUACUUCUGGUUCUAUAAAGAACAUUUUUUGUAAAAAAAAUACUUUUUCGUUAUGUGAAGGUUUUUUAGAGACCUUUAAGGUUUUCUUCUUCACUUACUGUCAUCUCCGACAUCUCUGUCAUAAAAAUGCUUCUUUAUGGAAACAUAAGUGGUUCUAUUAUGUAGUAAUGCACCAAAUAAGCAAAAAGACAGAAUUACUUACAGAAUAGUGUAUAACAAAAUUGAAGCAGUGGCAGCAGUCUCUAAUUAGGUCAGACACUGAAAAGGUUGGUGGGAAAGAAUAUUUAUCAGCAUUUUCUGAUGUUUGUAGCAGAAUAAAGCAAGUUACUGAUUGUCUUGUUAGAGUAAAUUGUUUGUUUUCAUCAUUAUCUACUUCAUUAUCAUUCUCCAUCAUUAUCGAACUCAGAACAUUAGUGUAUCAAGGCCCUCAGUUUGAUGAUACUGAGAAAAACAAGAUUUAUUUGUCUGUUAUUUCAAAAAGAGUUUGCUCAAAGUUCGAAAUUAUGUAGACCUAUUUUUUCAUCUACCUUAAAUACAGUUGUAAAAUGUUUAAUUCUGCUAAGUGUUUGCAGCUCAUUCCAAAACCCUUUUCACUGCUUUUGCAGAACGUGUUUGUGUUUUAACACUGUAACACUACACUCAGAAUUCUUUUUGAAUGGGUCAGUUUCAUCAGCAGGUCAUUUGGCCAGUUUUACAGACAAUUCUCCAAAAUCAUUCUGAGAGACCCAAAGGAAAGCAUGCAUCAUUCGAACGAGGUUCUGACCACUACAAAAGGGUGUAGUGCAUUAAACUACACAUCAAUACACAGUCUAUCAUUUUAAUCCAGUGUUUUCUCUCAUAGUAAACCACUAGUUUGAAAUUUUGUUGUUGCUAAUGUACAGUAUGUCUCUUAACAUGAUUGAAUACAGAUUAAAAUCAACUUGCAUUAAACUUACAAAAAAUACUUACAUUAUAGAGAUAUUUAACUGCAUCCCAUAUCCAAUUUUCUGUGUGAUCAGGUUCAAUAAAGAGAUUCUAAAAUGUUAAACUCUAUGCAAUUUUAGUGCCGUUCAUGUGAUCUUUAUUUAGCUCCUAAACAAAGAUCUGAUAUGCUAGGAUUUGAAUGUACAUUAUUAUAAUCUCAUCAUGGCUUCACAGUAACUGCUGUUGUCAUUUCUGGUUCUAAUACAUUUUUACUUUAAGGCACUGCAUUUUUCUAUCUGUUUUAUACUUGGACACAUGAACAUUAGGGUUUCAUUUAUCUUUACAUCAUUCCCUCUGAAUCCACAUGACAUCUUCCCUGUGUUGAAUAACAGUCAGAUGUCAAUAUGGAUCCAGAACAACUGUUCUUCUCCACAUUCCAUCACUUGCACAAUAACAGCACGCUGGCUUUUAUGGGUUCCUCUCAUUUGUUGUUCAGUAAUGCUGGACCCAUCCACAGUUGAAAGGUACCAAAGAUCUUUGUUAGUUUGUUUUUGUUUGAUUUCCUCUUUUUUGCACACCCUGUAAACAUUAUUUGCAAAUUAAACUACACAGAAAAUAA